AAUUCUUGUUCCAGUAAUAUUUCCUCUUCACAAGUUCCCUAACAAAAAGCAAACCAACAAGCAAAAAGGAGGAAGGGAUGAUAGUAGCUCAGAGAAAUCAGCUGAAAGAGCCAAACUGCUGAACUGAAUUUUAGUAGUUGGGAGAUUACCUGAAGGACUAUGAAGGCCUGGCUGCUCCUGGUUGCUGCUUUUCUUCUCUGGCCAGGCUUCUCUUCUCAAAAGGAAUGUGAAGAACCAGAUGAGAUUGACUUUGGGGAAAUUGUGAGCGCUGAGAAAGCCAAGUACCUGGAAAACGACCGAGUGCAAUACAGGUGCAACCCUUGCUAUGUCUUGGAAGGACCUGAAUGGAUUCAGUGUAAGGGACAGGAAUGGACACCACAGCCACCAAAAUGCUUGGCACCCUGCAGUAUCACAAGACAACAGCUAGCAGCAAAAAACUUGUUUCUGUUUGGGAAUCAAAGAAAAGCUCGGCUUAUUCAAAGUAAUCAUAGCCUGCAGUUUCAGUGCAAUGAAGGAUAUGUCCUCGUGGUUCCAUCAGUCAGAGAGUGUGUUGAUGGUUACAUGGAUUUCCCGUUAUGUAUCUCCGAAAGAGGAAAAAACUGCAGGGAUCCACCCAGGAUUGAGAACGGAGACAUUAUUCCUUUAUCUGAGCAGCAGUACAGAUCUGGCUCUUCAGUAGAAUUCAGAUGCCAAAUGUAUUAUGCCAUGGAAGGCCAGAACAGAUCUUAUUGUGAUGAUGGGACCUGGACAAAAGUGCCUGUUUGCCUCCAAAUUACAUGUAACUCUCCGAGUAUAUUGCAUGGUUCUUUCAAACCUCAAAGAACUAUAUACCAUGAUGGGGAUCUAAUUCAAAUUCAGUGUGAUAGUGGAUUUACUUUUGAACCAGAUAAUGGAGAAAAGGUGGUUGAAUGCACAAAGAAUGGAUGGUCACCUUCACCGAAAUGUGUCGAUAUUGAGGGAAAAUGUGGACGUCCACCUCGCGUGGAGAAUGGAGAUAUUGUGGACUCAAUCAAGCCAAUCUAUUUACAUUCUGAAAGUGUAAUUUAUCAGUGCCAAAAUUUCUAUGCAAUGCAAGGUUCUCCAAGAGUAACUUGUCAAAAUGGUCAUUGGUCACAAACACCAACAUGUAGAGUUCCUUGUACAGCAAGUGAAGAAGAUAUGAGAGAACACAAUAUAAGGCUGAAGUGGAAGCGCACGGAUAAAAUAUAUUCUGAGGAUGGAAAUAUUGUGGAAUUUGUAUGUUUAAGAGACUAUAAACCACAUCCAAAUUCCAGACCAUUAAGAGUUAAUUGUGUGGAUGGGAAAUUUGACUAUCCGGAUUGCAUUCCUAUCUAACUAAAGGAACAACAGAACAUGUACAUCAUUCUUUGAACCAGGAGAUGGAUGUCAGAAAUCAUUUAUCAUUCUCCUAAAAUAUGACCACAUUAAACUGUAUUGUCUAUA